AUGGCCAACACGGUCGAAGCUGAUGGCAGCAAUGAUGAGGGCUAUGAGGCUGCGGAUGAAGUCCUGGAAGAUGAAGAAGAUGAAAAGAGAAAAGUCUCAGCCAUCCGGUCAUAUAGAGAUGUCAUGAAGUUAUGUGCUGCUCAUCUGCCAACUGAAUCAGAGGCACCAAAUCAUUAUCAGGCAGUAUGUCGUGCACUGUUUGCAGAAACAAUGGAGCUGCAUACAUUUCUGACUAAAAUUAAGAGUGCAAAGGAGAAUCUUAAGAAGAUUCAAGAAAUGGAAAAGAGUGAUGAAUCUAACACAGACCUGGAAGACCUGAAAAAUGCUGACUGGGCUCGAUUCUGGGUACAGGUGAUGAGGGAUUUGCGGAAUGGAGUAAAACUUAAGAAGGUCCAAGAGCGGCAGUACAACCCUUUGCCCAUUGAAUAUCAGCUCACCCCGUAUGAGAUGCUAAUGGAUGACAUUCGAUCUAAAAGAUACACUUUGCGAAAAGUAAUGGUGAAUGGUGAUAUUCCCCCUCGGUUAAAAAAAAGUGCUCAUGAAAUCAUCCUGGACUUCAUCAGAUCAAGACCCCCUUUAAAUCCGGUCUCAGCCAGAAAACUGAAACCCACUCCACCACGGCCACGGAGCCUCCAUGAAAGAAUAUUAGAAGAAAUCAAAGCAGAAAGAAAGCUGCGGCCUGUCUCCCCAGAGGAAAUUAGACGGAGCAGAUUAGAUGUAACUACUCCCGGAUCUCCAAAGAACGUUGUGGAAUCAUCAAUGGUGAAUGGAGGUUUAACAUCACAAACAAAAGAAAAUGGGUUGCGCGCUGCACAGCAGGUGCCUCUGCAGCGGAAGAAGCUCCUCAAAGCCCCAACUCUGGCUGAACUGGACAGCUCAGACUCUGAGGAAGAAACUCUGCACAGAUCAGCCAGUAGCAGCAGUGUGUCUCCCUCUUUCCUUGAAGAUCCCUCAGUAGAGGCUGUGUCCACGAGGAAGCAGCCUCCGAAAUUCUUGCCCAUAUCAUCAACACCCCAGCCAGAGAGACGGCAGCCACCCCAGAGACGACAUUCCAUUGAAAAGGAAACACCCACUAAUGUAAGACAGUUUUUGCCACCCUCCAAGCAGAGCUCCCGAUCUCUUGUUCCUAGGAUAACCAGUGUAUGGCCAAGGACGCCUUUCCGACCACUUUUUUCUACCAUACAAACAGCUUCUCUGCUCAGCUCUCAUCCUUUUGAAGCAGCCAUGUUUGGGGUAGCAGGGGCUAUGUAUUAUCUAUGUGAGAGAGCUUUUACCAGCAGGUGGAAAUCCUCAAAGGAGGAAUUCUGCUAUCCAGUGGAAUGCCUAGCUCUUACUGUGGAGGAAGUGAUGCAUAUUCGUCAGGUCCUGGUGAAGGCAGAGCUGGAAAAAUACCAACAGUAUAAAGAUGUCUACACCGCCCUGAAAAAAGGAAAGCUCUGCUUUUGUUGCCGAACCAGGAGAUUUUCCUUCUUCACCUGGUCUUAUACCUGUCAGUUCUGUAAGAGGCCCGUGUGUUCACAGUGUUGCAAAAAGAUGCGGCUGCCCUCUAAACCAUACUCCACUCUUCCCAUCUUUUCAUUGGGACCUUCUACCUUGCAAAGAGGGGAAAGUUGCAUGAGGCCAGAAAAAACCCCCACUGGCCACCAUCGCCCACUCCGGAGCAUUGCCAGGUUCUCCUCAAAAUCUAAGUCUGUGGACAAAUCAGAUGAAGAACUACAGUUUCCCAAAGAGUUGAUGGAGGACUGGAGUACUAUGGAGGUGUGCGUAGACUGCAAAAAGUUCAUUUCGGAAAUCAUCAGUUCGAGCCGGCGCAGCCUGGUGUUGGCCAACAAAAGAGCACGAUUAAAAAGGAAAACACAGUCUUUCUAUAUGUCCUCACCGGGCCCCUCGGAAUACUGCCCUUCAGAGAGGACUAUCAAUGAAAUCUGA